AUGCAAAUCAGUUCAAUUAACCAUGAUGAUGAUGAUGAUGAUGAUGAUGAUGAUGAUUUGGAUGAUGAUGAUGAUGAUGAUUUGGAUGAUGAUGAUGAUGAUGAUGAUGAUGUGGAUAAUGAUGAUGAUGAUGAUUUGGAUGAUUAUGAUUAUUUGGAUGAUGAUGAUGUUGAUGAUAAUUUGGAUGAUGAUUUGAAUAAUGAUGAUGAUGAAUUGGAUGAUGAUGAUGAUUUGGAUAAUGAUGACUAUGACGAUGAUUUGGACGAUGAUGAUGUUGAUUAUAAUUUUGAAGAUGAUGAUGAUGAAUUGAUUGAUGAUGAUGAUUUGGAUGAUUAUGAUUAUUUAGAUAAUGAUGAGCAUUUGUAUGAUGAUGAUGUUGAUGAUAAAUUUGAUGAUGAUGAUUUGGACGUUGAUGAUGUUGAUUAUAAUUUUGAAGAUGAUGAUGAUGAUUUGAAUGAUGAUGAUGAUGAAGAUGAUGAUGAUGUGGACGAUGAUGAUGAUGAUGAUUAUUUGGAUGAUGAUGAUGUUAAUGAUAAUUUAGAUGAUGAUGAUAAUUAG